CAAGUGCUUCCUGGGUCGGGUUGUCCGCGGCCCGCCCGGGACAGAGUUGGGGGUGGCGGGGAUCGGGAGGUGCGGCGCGUCUGGACCAGGUGCUGUGCCUUUGAAACAGCCCCGACCCCUGAGGCUGCAGUGAUCGUAGGGGUACGCGAUUGACUGGACGACUGAAGCCGGGAGCGCGACCCUCGGCCAGGGACUCGACCGAGAGAGUGGUGGGCUGAGCCCGCGCGGGAGCCGCGUCGGUCGCCAGCCUCAGAAGGCUCUGUGCUGGUCCAAUGGCCCUGAUGGCGGCGUCAGCGCAGAGCGACCUGCUGCAGAACAUCCAAAUCGUGGCUUCAAUGUGUGGGCAAGAGCGUAUGUCGGAUUUAAGGCUGUGAAUGUUCAGGCCAUGAUGCCAGUGUUCCAAGAAGGAAGACUGUGGCCUGGAGGCCUCAAGAGCAUGAGAUCUUGCUUGAGCACCAUAUUUAGCUUGUUUGGCAUCAUGAAAACAAAUGAUAGAGAGUGCCAUGGGUUGGGGAGAGUUGGGACUAAGGAAAUAUGCAGGGCUGUGUGACCUUUGAGGACGUGACCAUUUACUUCUCCCAGGAGGAGUGGGGACUGCUGGAUGAGGCACAGAGACUCCUGUACUGCAAUGUGAUGGUGGAAAACUUUACGCUCAUAGCCUCUCUCGGUUUUUGCUCUAGAACAGAGGUUAAAGUGUUACCUUCUCAGCAGAGAAUUUCUGUUCAAGGAAUGAUACAGGCUGGAAAUCCCAAGACAGCCCUGUCUAUGCAGAAGGCCUACUCCUCUGACACAUGUGGCCUACUCGUGAAAGAGAUUUUGUACCUGGAUGAAGAGGACGAUACACAUGCCAGGCUGAAAGCCCAUAUGUGUGAGGCCAAUGGGACAAGGGUCAAGUUCAAUGUAAACUUUGCCCAGCAACAGGUACAGAAGCAUGAGGAUGAGCCUGCCAGAAGGGAGGAGGGCAGGGCCUCUCCUAAAAACACCUGCAUAGACCAGGCAUCCCAGAAGUCUUUCAUAUGUGAGGAGAGAAAGGAGGUCUUUGUGACCACAGCAGACUUUGUGCAGUGUUGGAUCACUCCCGAUGGGGAGGAGGCACACAAGAGUUCUGGAGAAACACUGUACUUUCCCACAGCUCAGUGGCUUGACAAGAGCAGUCAAUCUAGUUACACUUUCAGUGACACAUUCACACAUGUUCACCCUCAGAGAGUCCAGAGAAGAGAGAGGCCCUAUGAAUGCAGGAAAUGUGGGAUAUUCUUUAGUGAUCCCUCCAUCUUCAUUCAGCAUCAGAGAGUUCACAAUAGAGGAAAACCCUAUGAAUGCCCUGAGUGUGGGAGAUUGUUUAGCCAACACUCUAGUCUUGUGAGACACCACAGAGUGCACACUGGUGAAAGCCCCCAUGUGUGCAGCUACUGUGGGAAGUUCUUUAGCCGAAGUUCCAACCUUGCCCAGCAUAAAAGGGUUCACACUGGAGAGAGACCUUUUGAGUGCAGUGAAUGUGGGAAAUUCUUUAGCCACCUUGCCAGUCUCAUUCAACACUAUAUAGUUCACACAGGGGAACGACCUUUUGGGUGCAGUGCAUGUGGGAAAGCCUUCAGCCGAAGCUCUGACCUCAUAAAGCAUCUGAGAGUUCACACUGGUGAACAGCCUUAUGAAUGCACUGAAUGUGGGAAGUUCUUUAGCCAGAGUUCGAGCCUUAACAGUCAUCGGAGACUUCACACUGGUGAACGGCCUUUUCAGUGCAAUGAAUGUGGGAAAACCUUCAGACAAAGGUUUAAUCUGAGGCAGCACCAGAUGAUUCACAGACCAGACAGGCCUUAUCAGUGCAGUGCAUGUGGCAAAGCCUUCAACCAAAGGACUAGCCUUAUGCGACAUCUGAAAAUACACACCAGAGAAAGCAAUGUAGAGAACGUGCAUCCUUCUUUCUCAGCACAGCUGCACACAGCAGAGAAAGGCUGUGACAGUAGUCUUUAUGAAGGAGCAUCAGCCAGCUGCUGAGCCUCAUUCCUUCAUGCGGGGAAGAUUUCCUAUUAGAGCUAGACACAGUGGAUGCUUUCGGGAGCUAAGCUCUAUUCAGUUUGUCACUAGUACACUUAGGGACAGAAGCCAUCUUAGCUUGUCCUAGUCCACAGCCUCUGGAGUGUAUCCCCCACUCUACUGUCUCAGGGAAAGCAAACCUGUUUACUUUCCAGUUUCUGAAGGGACUGCGGAGUUCCUGAGGCCAUGGAGCUUGUCACUUUUCUCUAACUAGUCUAGCUGUGGACAUGACCCAUUUUGUCCAUGCCGAGCUAAGUGGGUCUGCUGACAUCUUACUGUGAAUGUUUCCUUUUCAGGGACAUUACUCAGUCUACUGUGAUGUUUGUGAUGGAUUUAUCCAUCUUCUGUGUGACUCCCCAGAACACAGUAUACAUUGCCCUGGUUUAUGUGUUAUUUAAGAAAAAAACUUAAAACUAACACCUUCAUAGUUGGACCAUCAGACUCAGCCUUGACUGACUAUGUCAGCUACAAGUCAAGAGAUAGUGUGACUCAGCUUUGUCUGACUGCAUUGAGCUGCGCUAUAUCCUACAAACAUCCUCCUUUAAUAGCCUGUUUCAAGGACUAUCUACCCCGAAACUAGCCCGGACUUGACACACCUAGCUAGUCUUACCGGUUUGUGCAGUCCCUAAUUUCCCCUAGACUUUCCUAGGUUAUAAUUAAUGAUCUCUAACUAAACUUGCCUAAGAUCUGCCUAACAAAGUUUGACCAAACAUGUAACCAAUUUCAGAAUAACCCCCUAUCUGCUUUUGUGCUUCUUACUUGCAAAAUGCAUAGGAGUUUGUGUUUUAAUCUCAGUUGGGGCUGGUGAUUUGGAAUUGAGUCCCACUAACAUACCCAUGUAAUAAAAGUUUUGCCUUCGAA